GUCAUCAUGUCGUUUCACUCAGCUCCUUGAUGCCAGCCGGAGUUUGUUCUACCCCAGCCCAAGGCUCCGAAAUCUUAAGCAGACAGGUACUACAAGUAACUCACAAACAUGGGCCUUGCUCACCACUGAAGGAAGGGAAUGCAAAAAUUCCUAGUCUUGGCCAGAUUCUCAAGGACGACCGAACCCGAAUCAAGUCCAUCCAUUCAAAAAUCUCCAACCAACAACACUACCCAGUAGCAGAGUCUGGAGCAAAAAUUCCAGUCGACUCUGGCCAAUCCCUAGGGAGUGGAAAUUUUGUUGUCCGAAUUGGACUUAGAACACCGAUGCAAAACUUCACAGUAAUCUUCGAUACUGGUAGUGAUUUCACUUGGAUCCAAUGCCAACCAUGCGCCGGCCAAUGUUAUUUGCAACAAGAUCCCAUCUUCAACCUUUCUGCAUCCUCCACCUAUUCCAACGUCUCAUGUAACUCCAUUGCAUGUGCCCAACUGCAAUCAGCCACUGGCUUCGCAGUGUCCUGCACCACCAAUCCCAAUUGCAUCUACCAGGUCACAUAUGGUGACGGAUCGUACUCUCAAGGGUACUUUGCAACAGAUACUCUAACAAUACUACCUUCCUCUGAUGUCUUCCCCAAAUUUAAAUUUGGUUGUGGUCAGAACAACGACGGCCCCCUAUUUGGUUUUGUAGAUGGAUUACUAGCUCUUGGCCACGAUCAGACGUCUAUGGUAUCACAGACUGUUCAAAUUUUUGGAAAGCUUUUCUCCUAUUGUCUUCCACCCACAAGCAGCUCCACUGGUUUUCUUGCAUUCGGUAGCCAAGUGGGUAACUCUUCCACUGCUCAAUACACUCCACUACUAACAGAUCCCAAGUACCCAUCGCUCUAUUUCUUAAAUAUGACGGGUAUAAGUGUUGGAGGAAAGAGUUUACCUAUCCUACAAUCAGUUUUUACAACUUCAGGAACCAUUAUAGACUCUGGAACUGUCAUCACUCGGUUGCCACCAACGGCCUAUUCAGCGCUUCGGUCAUCAUUUCGUCAAGCAAUGUUCAAAUAUCCCAUUACGUCACCGUAUUUAUUACUCGACACAUGCUAUACCUUAGCUGGAAACGAUACGGCAAAAUUACCAACCAUAGUGUUGCAUUUCACCGGAGGUACUGACUUUUCUAUUGAUAAGUCUGGGAUUCUAGUUCAAGCAAGCUUAACUCAAUAUUGCUUGGCUUUUGCUGGAAACAACAAUGCUACCGAUUUGGCGAUCCUUGGAAGUAUGCAACAGCAUGGAAUUGAGAUGAUUUACAAUGUGGCAGGAGGAAAGUUGGGAUUUGGGACAAGCGCUUGCAGCGUAAAAGCCAUAUCUACCAUUGGAGAGCUGCGGCAUUGCGGCGACCAUCACUCCAUCUCCGGCGACCAUCAUCAUCCACCUGCAGAAAAUGAAACAAAGAAAAUAGAGUUGGUUCGGUUCACUCGGCUUCACAGGAGGGCGUAUGGGAGUUGCAGCAGCCAUCGGUUCUUAGCAGGUGAAAGUCAUAGAUUUGGGUAUGGGAGUUGCAGCCGCCAGGAGGGCGUAUGGGAGUUGCACCAGCCAUCGGUUCACUCGGCUUCACAGGAGGGCGUAUGGGAGUUGCAGCAGCCAUCGGUUCUUAGCUUCAGCGUCUCAGCUUCAACCACGAGCUCUCCAGAUUCCUAG